CUUCAACACUCGACUGCAACUGCAAGCAGUCGUCGUUCGCCCGCCGACUCGCGAUGACGAUCCUCUUUUCGCUGUGUACCACCAGUAACAUCAGGACAACAAAGUAACAAAAAUAAAAAAAAAAACAUAAUAUUAUCGUCAAGUUCUAACGAUGGAAAGUAACGAGCGAAAAGAGAGCCGUGAGCUCUUAACAAUUGUGAUCCUGUGUCUUUUGUGGUAUGCGGUGUCGUCAUCGAGCAACGUCGUCGCCAAGGCCUUACUUUCCGAAUUCCCUUAUCCAAUGACUGUCACCAUGGUUCAACUGACUACCAUUACUUUACUUUCUGGGCCGCUGUUCAACCUGUGGAGUGUGAGGAGGACUAGUAAUACUAUGAUUACGUGGAGAUAUUAUUUCAAGUUGAUUGUUCCCUUGGCCCUCGGCAAAUUCCUGGGCAACGUACUCAGCCACGUCAGCAUCUGGAAAGUGCCCGUUUCGUACGCUCACACUGUGAAGGCCACAAUGCCACUCUUCACAGUUGUGCUAUCUAGGAUCAUUUUACAAGAGCGACAAACUGGCAAGGUCUACCUCAGCUUACUGCCAAUUGUCGGUGGUGUGGCCAUAGCUACUCUUACUGAGCUUAGCUUUAAUUUCACUGGACUCUUCAGUGCCCUGGCAUCUACAAUGGCAUUUUCUUUACAAAAUAUUUUCUCAAAGAAGGUGCUAAAAGAUACUGGAAUUCAUCACCUGAGGCUAUUGUUAAUAUUAGGUAGAUUAGCAUUAUUUAUGUUUAUACCAAUAUGGUUGGUGUAUGAUGUAAGAAAUUUGAUGUAUGAUCCAUUGACUGGAUCUGCAGUUGAAAUUAGUACGAAGACAUUAAUGUUUCUGAUAGUAGAUGGACUACUGAAUUGGCUGCAAAAUAUUGUUGCCUUCUCUGUAAUGUCCAUAGUGACACCUUUGACAUAUGCAGUGGCCAGUGCAAGUAAACGAAUUUUUGUGAUUGCUGUAACUUUAUUUAUCUUAGGUAAUCCAGUGACCGGUACUAAUGUUUUUGGCAUGGUGUUAGCUAUUGCUGGUGUCUUCUGCUAUAACAAAGCGAAAUAUGAUCAGAGGCAGGAAGAAAAAAGAAGAAGUUUACUGCCUAAGUAUAACAUUCCAACUCAAAAUGGACACACUAGUUUUAUGAUCAAUGGGGGCAGGUCGAAUGAGAAAUAUCCGUUUUUCUCAACUUAGUCUAAGGUUACUAAAAGUUAAAUUGUUAUUUCUUCACAAACCCAUAAGAAUUUUCUUUUUAAUGCAAUUGAAAAGAAUUUAAUCAAUGUAAAAAUGUCGUAAGAAUAUCUGAAUAUAAGAUGAAAAAUAAAAAUUAUGAUAGAACAAUUUUUUAAAGUAUUUUAUAUAUAAUUGAAGUUUUUCCAUCUACAUAUACAUUUUGAAUGAAUUUCAUGGUAACUUCAGAUAUUUUUAAUGAAUAUUACAAUGAUCAAGAGGUAUAUUAUUGUUUUGAAUGUGUAAUCGAGAAGGAUAAAUUCUUGUCAAUGUAUUGAUUAAUUUAUUGCCACUUAAAGUUAGAAACUGCGCUAUGAAGUUGUCUUCGUUUGAAAAUUAACUUUUAUCUAACUAUCUUGGACAUGUUAAUCGCUGGUUCGAUUGAUGAAACAUUCCUGCGAUUUUAUAUCAUGGAUAAUAUGCUAAUCAGAUGUUUUUCAUACAUUUAUAGAGCUUAAUUUGAUAGACAAUUUUCUAAUCGCUUGAAGCGUUAUGACUUUGAAUUUCUUAUAUCUUGCUAGUGUGUAAAGUUGAAUGGUAUGGAAGUAUGAACUCUGUUUAUUUUGAAAUAUUUCAAUGAUGCUGAAAGUGAUGAAACGGAAAAGUAAGAUAUUUUUGUGUUAAAUAUUUGUUUUGGUCUCACUGAUAUUUAUAAUACGUUUGUGUGAGUAAAAAUGGGGAAAUACUUUUUUUGUGCUUUAACAUUGUAACAGUCACUUGGUGACUCAAUACAAAUCUGUAAAUUACUUGAUUUUGUGUAAGUAUGUAUUGAUUGUGGGAGAAAUUAUUUUUGUUUGAAAUGGUUUAUAUAAAAUACAUCUAUUUUUAACAACAUACGUAUGCAUGUGAUCGCACUGACAAGAAGCAGUUAAAAACAACUUGCACUGCAGUAGCAAAGAAGUUAGCUGUAAAAAUUCCUUUAAAACGUACUAAAAUAAUCUUUUAUGGAAUGAAAAAGUUAUUUACUUUUGUAAAUCAGACGGUACAAAUGAAUUUUCAUACGUUUUUUUAGAUGAAUCCACAUGUGUUUUAUAUGCUUCUGACGCCUGAAAGGUUUAUUCCUGUAAUAUUUGUCUUCAAAAAGUGGUGAACUGUAUUUCUGCGAAUUACGACUUCCCAGAAAUAUUGAAGUACCGCAAUAAGAGUUUAUUUAUUCAAGUCACUCGAAGACGGGAUCUUUCUGUAGACGCGCAUGAGAAUGAAUGUGAACAGUCCAAUGAUGAUAAUAGAGUCGUUCAUAACUUAUUAAUAAAUUAAAAAUUUUUAGACUAUGGAUCUGUGAUUUUUGAAUAUUUUAUAGUUAAGUUUGGCAUAAAAAUCAUUUCAGCUAUUAUUGACAAAAUUUUUGUACUCUAUUCAUUAGAAUGUUAAAAAUAGCAUGGUAUUCAAAUUUAUAUAUUUGUGCAUGUAAAAAGACGUGGCUAUUGUUGAAUGUUUUGUUUACAUAAAACAUUGUUACACUGAAAAUCACACAGCUGCUGUCAAAUAGAAAUAAUCGUGUAGAUGACUUAUUUUAUUUUUACAUGGUUGUAAUAGAUUAUGUUUUACGUAAAACCAAUAUGACUGAUAAAAUUAAAUAAUUGUUAUGCAUUUAUCGUCUGAAUAAAAAAUAAAAAUACGUUAUUCUGAAUAAACUACGGAAAAAUACAAUGGUGAAAUUAUUGUACAACACACACAAAUACAAAAGUGAUAGUAUUUGUCAAAGUGAAAAACCAUGCAGCAUUGACUGGAACAAAAAGUUAUUGAAGGAUUAAAAGUGAACUGAUAUAAUAGAAAUUGCUCGAUGGGAAUGAGUAUGAUUUUUAAUAAACUUUUCCA